AUGAAACAAUUGAUACGAGGAACAAUAACAUUAGACUUUUUACAACCAAUACAAGACAGACUAUUGUUUCAAUUCAGACAACCAUCAUCUAUUAAAGGAUGGACUAUAGUAUCUGAUAAUGAAAUAGGAGACGAUCAUGGUACAUUUAGUGGUUAUCUAUCAUUAAAGCUACCUGAAAAUGACCCAAGAGUUAAACAAUCUGGUUUCAUUGGAUUAUAUUCACCUAAAAAUACAUUUGAUUUUGAUACAGAUCCAUAUGGUUUUGUAUCGUUUAGAAUAUGUACAGAUGGAAGAGUCUAUGGAUUAGGUAUAUUAAAAAAGGAUGAACCAAUGACUGUUUAUAAAGCAAUGUUUACAACUACCCCUGGUAAAUGGGAAUCAAUACAAAUACCAUUCCAAGAUUUCUAUAGAAUUAAAAAAGGAAAUGUUUCAUUAGAUUUUGAUGAUCCACUAGUACCAGCAGGAAUGGAUCGUAUUGGAUUCAUCCAAACCGAAAGAAAAGAAGGAGAUUUUAAUAUCAAAGUAGACUACAUUAAAUUAAUACCAAAAAUAUCUGGUGUUCAAGAAUCCCCUCUUCAAUUACGAAAAAGAUUAUUACGACAAGACACCAAUAAUAAUAAUAAUAAUAAUAAUAAUAAUAAUAAUAAUAAUAAUAAUAAAAAUGAAUUAGUAGCUACUACUCACCUCACAAACCCAGUAUUGCAAUUUAGAGAAUUAGAGAAUCAAUGA